AUAUUCAAAGCUUCAGUCGACGGAGAGCGUCGAUUUCAUCGUGCGUCUGGAUGAGAGGCGUGAGAGCAGCGCGUACUGCUCAGUUGACGUGGAGAACAGCUGGAGAAACUAAAAAAAGACGCUUUAAGCUGUGGCUAAAGGGAUAAAGAUGUUUUGUGGCGUUUUGCAAAGGCGUUUCACACGAACCUGGUGUUGGAGUUAAUGAGAUUUACAUCGUUUUGUUGAUUGAGGAAAGCAGUUCUGUGUCCUGAUGCACCGCGGAAUUUCUCUCCACAUGACGAGCCGCAAUAAUAAGGAGCUCCUGGAGGACGUCGUGUACAGCUUGUGGGAGCUGGAAACCGCCAGACGGAGACAGGAGAGACUGGUGCUGUGCGUCCUGGCAGAUGGAGACACCGAGAAAGAGCACGAGACUCUGAAAUGGCAGCAGAAGCAGCUCCCGGAUGCCCCCGGUGGUGUGAUGACGGUACUGCAGCAGCACCUCAGUGAGAUGACAAUGCACUCCAACACAGAAGGCAACCUGGACCACAUGUCGAGCUCAGGUUCUUACGAGCAAAGUGAAAUUCCGUCUUCAUUAAGACAAUCGAGAUCUUCUCCAAGUCUUUCUUUCUACAACCACAGAGGCAGAUCGAUGGAUGCGUACAUGCAGGACUGGGAGGGUCAAAGGGCACGACACUUGCAUGCUUUUCUGCCCCGUUCAUUGUCUGCCCCGUACUCCCCUUUAGAGGGCAUCGCAGAAGGAGUUGAGGAUGCCGAGGAUGAUGACAAUGGAUCGCUGUGGUCAAAAGGUCAAACUCCAAAUGGAGAGGACGUGAAUGAACCUGACAUGGCUCCCAUUAUUCAUUUAAAUGAGGAUAGUGGCCCAAUCGGGAUCCAUUGUGAUCAUCAAGGUCCCACUGUCGAGGUGGAUGAGGGUCCCACGGAAGAAGACAUUCAGCAAGCCAUGCGUGUGGAGACCUAUAUUUUGGGUCUUCUACAACGCUAUAGCCUCAACCAAACACUCUCCUCUACAGAAGUCCUCGGUUGUGCUCCUGAUCACUGGCAGGAACUACAUUCUUAUCCACCUGACUACUGUGAUCAAUCUGAAAAUUCAGAGUGGCAAAAAUGGGAAAUCUUUAGUGAUGAAAAUACAUUACAGGAUAGGUACUAUCUAGGAAAUGAGACUGAUCUCUUCUCACAGGCUUGUAAAGAUCCAAGCUCCUCCAUAAACUUAUCCACUAUUGUGGCUGAUAUAGAUUCACACUGUAUUCAUCAUCCCUGUGUUUCUUUACCUUUAACUUCUGAAUCUCCCAAACAAGACUGGAAACCUACAUCUCUGGAACUGGCACAUCAGCUGCCCUUAGGCAGACUGUAUCAGGAGGAAAGAUGGUCAUCGGUCGGGCAGAGUCAUAUGAAGACAACCAACCAGUCUCGAUCUGAAGGUAGCUUCCAAAAGCAAGGAUUUACCAGUGAACCAGAGCAUAGCUAUCAUACAAUGGGGUGGGAUACAGACACACACAGUUUCAGUGAAGAUUAUAUGUCCAGUCAGAGACCCUGGAGCUCCACGGUGGACCUCAGUCAAGAAGAGAAGGCGACGUUGCUCAGAGCAGAAGAACGACUGCUCAGAGACACACACCUACCUUUUCAGAUCAGCCCAUAUUUGUGUAGUAAGUACACUGAGCAGGACCACCACAUUGGGAACGAUUCAAAUGCUAGAGGAACUCAGGGAGAAGGAUCUGACUCCAGUUUGAGUGAGACAUGUUCUCCAGCGUCCAGCUCAAAGUCAAGUGACUCAGAUGACAGUGGGGGCCUUGUCUGGCCUCAACAAGUGCCCCCAUAUGUGCCUUCUUUCUCCCAGAAUGCACCUACUGCUAUAGUCAGGAUCAAAGCCUCGCAUGCACUAAAGAGGAAGAUCCUGCGUUUCCGCUCAGGCUCACUAAAGGUCAUGACCACUGUAUAGUCUUGGGCAUUUGAGAUUCAUUUGGUAUAUGCUGUGCAUCCAGUGUUGGUGUCUGGUGUUAGAAAGUGGAAUCCCCAAAAACCCAAAGCUGGAUUUUAAUAUAUGUCCAAAUUCUGACCUAGUUGAAUGUUAUGGAAACUACUGUACAAUUUACAAUGCUGGCUAAGUAUGAAGAUUUUAGAACACACAAACACACUUUUGGAUUCUCUGGAUGAGUGAUCAAGACCAAACUGACUUGACAAAUAUUCCUGACUUAUGAAUAUUUAAGCAUGUGCUGGAUGUUAUGGUACAGCACUAGGUAUUGUUGCUGCUAUGUCAUAUCUAAGUGUGUUCCCUAUGGAUGUUGGCAGUUGUAGCCCAAACGGGUAAAGCCCUGGGUUGUUGUUGGGGAUUAAUAAAGGCCCAGUAACAGUAGUGUUGGUUUCUUGAGCAAGGCUCUUAACUCCCUCUGCUCCUGAGGUGCUGUAUCAUGGUUUAUGAAGCUGAGAUGUGCGAAGAAAAAAAAUUCACUGUGCUGUAAUGUAUAUAUGACAAAGAAAGGCUUCUUCUUCUUCUUCUUCUUCUUCUUCUUCUUCUUUUGUUAUCCCCCAACAUAAUAAUGCUUUGCACAGUGUUUUUGGGAUAAGCUCUACAUUAAUCACAACCUUGCGAAGGAAGUUAAAAGACAAAAGAAUGAAUGAAGACAAAAGUAUGAGGAUCACUAGUCCUAAGAUGGGCAUAACACUGACCGAUACCAUGUUGUAUCUUACUCAAAACAUAUCGCUGAACUUGGAUAAUGGCUAAAGAUAGUUCUUCUCUUUGGUGCAUAUCCUAGAUGGAUUAACUUCAGGAAGCAAGAAGAAUUGUGUGUGCUUCGAUUCAGACUUUCUUUAGUGCAUUUCAUAUGAAGUGGGCCACUGCGGGUAAAUAACCACCUGCUCUACUUUCCCCCCAUUUUUUGUACUGUUUAUCUUUGUACUAUGUAACACUAUGUCAAGUUAAUUCCGAAUGUUUUCUCUCAUAACCUUCUUUUGUAAAGAAUGUAAUGACGUCCCCUUGACAAGCCAUAUGGAGUUUAAUGUUUAUGCUACAUGAGAUCUCCUAACAAGAUAUGCAUUUUGUUCUUAAGGGUUGCAAAUCUCACAUAAGCAUGGAUUUAUUAUUGAAUUUAAUUACUGACCUGAAAUCUUCCAACACAUCUGUAUGUGUUUCAUGUGGAUCCAAAAGAGCAACUCCAGUAGCCUUUUGCUGUUGUCGUGAGAUUUUAUUUCCUGCCCAAUCUGGACUCCCUGAAGUUGUUGCUACUGUAGUAAUGAGUAAGAGGUCACCUACAGUAAAGCCACUCAAUGUUAUUUAUUUGCAGGUAGAAGCUCUAUGGUGUGUGAGACAUGAUCUCCAAGCUCCAGGUCAAAGUUAUAUGACUCAUACAAUAGCAGGAGCCCUGGCUGGCCUUGGAAAGUUCCCUCAUGUUUGCUUUCUUUCUCACAGAAAGUAAGUUGAUGCCCUUGACUAAACCGUCAGCAGAAAGUCCUGAAAGUGCAGAAAAUCAAACUUAGCUGGAGUUGCUCUUUAAGUAUGAGCAUGAUGCCACCCGAUGUAUCGGUUGAAUGUAAGUUGUUGCUAUCUUGUGAUAGCACUGCAGACCUCCAUGUGAGAAAUAGCCAUUCUGAAAGCUGUAAGAAUCUGUACAGUUAAACAUAAAACAAAUGUUUAAAACUAUUUCUGUGAAUGCGAGCUGUCACAAAGUUUUGUACAUAAUGAAGUAUUGUCUUGCCUGCUGUUUUUAUUCCGGCAUCUUUGCAUUUUAGAUGCAGAUUUUUUAAGUAUUUGGAAACGCUUUCUGAUUCCCUUUUACUGCAUGAUGAUAAUAAAGCUUUUAUAUUAUCAACCCUUUUCAUUACACAUCUUGACAAUGAAUAGGACACAGUGUCAUGGAAAUGCUUCUGUCAAAAAAGCUGUCAGAGUCUCAGUUUAAAAGCCAACAGAGCCUGAAACAACCUUGCCUGCCCCUACCCUUAUGUCUUGGGGUGAGAUUUUAAAAACAUGGUUACACACAUCCGAUCGUGUCUGUUUUGAUCUAUGUUCAUGUCAGUGGUGCAACUGAACUACAACACUGAUUGGUUAUUAUUUUUAUUGUCUAACCUGAAACCUGACUUGUGCUGAAACCUUCACAUUCACACUGAGCAUCUACACAAUGAACAGAAUUAAGUUAUGGCAAAAUGGCAAAAAUAUCAAAUUGUCUUU